AAUAAUAAUAAUGCUCCAAUUUGACGUAUUGUUUCGUCUGACAUAUGUAUUGUCAUCAUCCGAGAGAACAUAAAUUUCGCAUAAUAAACGUACAUAUCACGAAAAUUGACAAGUGAAAAAGAAAUUUAUCGUUAGUAUCUAUAUCGAAAAACUACUUGUCAACGAGCGUGUCAGCUGUCACUUCAAAUAUGGUUUAUGUGACAGGAGAUGGAAAUCUUGUAAAUUCUGUUCCAUGGGGAUUAAGGAGAGUUUUUGGGUUCUUCACAGGAAUAAUUUACAUGAUCAUGAUGUUUUUUCAGACUUUAAUCAGUCCUGGCACAAAUAGAGGGGAAGGUCAAUAUACAAGAGAUUAUCGACCAGGUUCUGGGCCACGUCCUCCACCACGCAGGCUUGGUAGACCAAAUACAGGAAAUAAUGUCGACGUUCCAUUUUUUGGAGGAUGUAGUAGUUGCACAAGAUAAAAUUAUAUAUAUUUUUAAAAAUUUA